GGGGAGCUCGACGUUUCCGUAGCAACUGGGGCCGGUCCGUUAACUGCAGCCGCUCGAUCUCCGGAGCUCGACGAGGAGGUUUUCCAUCGUCGGCAGCCGGAUCCCGCCUGUGUUGGCUGGGCCUCAGAGCUCCGGGGUGGCUCGGUUUCAAGGUGGUGGGCGCGUGGUUCCGUCAGGAAAUGCUCAAUAUGUGGAAAGUCCGAGAGCUGCUGGACAAAGCCACCAACGUGGUGAUGAAUUACUCCGAGAUCGAGUCCAAGGUGAGAGAGGCCACCAACGAUGACCCCUGGGGCCCCUCUGGGCAGCUGAUGGGCGAGAUAGCCAAGUCCACCUUCAUGUACGAGCAGUUCCCAGAGGUGAUGAACAUGCUGUGGAGCCGGAUGCUGAAGGAUAACGAGAAGAACUGGAGGCGAGUCUACAAGGCUCUGCUGCUCCUGGCUUAUUUGAUCAGGAACGGGUCCGAACGGGUGGUGACCAGCGCCAGAGAACACAUCUACGACCUGCGGUUUUUAGGAAACUACCACUUUUUUGAUGAGAACGGGAAGGACCAGGGCAUCAAUGUUCGUCAGAAGGUCACGGAAAUGGUGGAGUUCAUUCAAGACGACGACAGACUGAGGGAGGAGAGGAAGAAGGCCAAGAAGAACAAAGACAAGUACAUUGGCGUGUCUUCUGACAGUAUGGGAGGCGGCGGCGGCGGUGGAGGAGGAGGGGGGAUGAAGAACUGUGAGUGGCCUGCUGAUCUGCUCUGUGGUCUUCAGGUGUCGUCUCCCAUCAUCUCAUCGCGUGUCUUCCUGUUCUCAGCCGCAGAGUUUGAUCGCAGUAAGUGGGACGAGGACUGGGACAAGAGCAAAGGAACGUUCCCCUUCAGUGAGAAACUGGGCGAGAUCAGUGACAAGAUAGGAAGCACCAUCGACGACACCCUCAACAAGUUUAGGAAGAAGGAGCGCGACGACUCGCCAGACAGAAUCAGUGACAACGAGGAGGAGCGGGCCUCCAGGAACGGCCGGCAGGAUGCUCUGGAGUUUAAAGAUGAGGAGGAAACGGUCACCACCAAGAGCAUCCAGAUCACGCAGGCCACGGAGACCACCACCACCACCACGAGGAAACGCAGCGCUGCAGCAGGUGGCAAGACUCUGGACCUCGGGGCUGCGGCCCACUACACUGGAGAUAGAAGUCCAGAGGAGAAGUCUUCGGCAGGAAGGAAGCCGUCAGGCGGGGGUUUGGCAGAUCUGCUGGUGAUCGAUUCCUCGUCCGGUCAGUCGAACACUGGGUCGGACCUCUUUGGAGGCUUUGCUGACUUCUCCUCUCCUGCAGCUUCUGCCAGCCUCCCCACCUCCACAGCUGCUGCGUCGACGACUGGAAACGGCGAGUUCGGGGACUGGAGCGCCUUCUCUAACCCGCUCUCCUCUGCGACCCCUAAGCCGGUCCCCGACUUGUUUGGGACGGUCCAGUCGCCUCCAGCCUCUAAACCCUCCACGGUUCCUCCCUCUGCCGAGCUCUUCGACUUGAUGGGAGGGGUCAGCCACCAGCUGUCCAGUCAGCAUGCAUCGCUGAGCUCCUCGCAGAGUUUGACCUUCACUCUGGGUGGAGCCGCACCAGGAGCCCCCGCAGCGAUGCCCACUCUCCCGCUCUCACGGUCCCAACAGAGCUUGGGAGGACCGAUGGCUCACCAGCCAAAGGUCGGUGUGGGAGGUCAGGGGUCGCUGGGAUCCACCUGGGCAGACCCUUCUGUGAACAUCAACCUGGACUUCCUGUCAGCUGGUCUCAACUCUGCCAAGUCUCCGCCCACUCUCAACAACAUCAUCCAGCAGCAAGGGGUUCCUCCGGUCAACCUGCUGGCCCAGAACUUUGGGGGGUUGAACCUCAGCUCUCCGCCGCACGUGACUCACGUGAGACCGCCCGGCAAUCCCCUGACCAUGCCGGCUGCCAUGGCAACCGGCAUGCCGCCGUCCAUGACCACAGGGACCAUGGGACUGGGCCCGGUGAACCAGGGCAUGAUGGGGAUGAACAUGAGCAUGAACAUGGGCAUGACGGCCCCCAUGAUGAUGGGGAACAUGACUGGCAUGGGUGUCCCAGGAAUAGGGAUGGGCCUCGCGCAGACAGUGGUGCCACCCAAACAAGAUGCCUUCGCUCACUUUGGAAAUUUCGGGAAAUGAAAGCAUGAAAGGACAUGUGCGUGCGUGCGUGUGCGUGUGUGAGAGUGAGUGUGCGUGUGUCAUGUUCAGACUGGACCACAGGAGGAGGAGAAACUUGAAGAUAAAAGCACGAUUCCUGCUGCCACACACCGUCCUGCUCCUCACCCGGCGACACAGAAACAGCCUUAACUUUAAGACUAGUCUUCAACUCCGCUCGUCAUAAUCCUCCACUGAAACAACCAGUCUGAGAUGACACUUGUGAUGUCACUGCACCAGUCUGUGUUCACCAAACUCCCAGAUUUGACCUGUCAAGCAGUUGUGUGGGUCACACGAUCACACGCACUCGCUGUAUUAAAGAAGAAACGGAACUUCCUGCUCGUCCUCCAAUCAAAGGUGCGCAGGAGGCUCACGUUAACAAAUGGUGCUGAUGAAUUUUCCGGAGCAGAGAAUUCCGACUGAUUUUUCCAGGUACUGUGCGUGUGCGUGUGUGGGGGUCUAGUUUUGUUUGCAAACAGCUGAGCGGAGCCUUCCGUCACUUCAGAGGUGACGAGUCUCCAAAUGACCAAAUCUUUAUUUUGUUACUCUCAAGACGAUGAUCUCAUAGGAUUAGUUCAUAUUUUUAUUAGUUGCAUUGUCAUGUUUGAGAUGAUUUAGCUGAUGAGAACCCACUUUUUCAGUGCAGACGGUUGCAUUUUCUGUGCUGCGUCCUCCAUUAAACGAUAUUAUCGAGACACCAGUGAUGACGUGCGGCUCCCUUUCCUGGAAUUGCCGGUGUAGCUAGCGAACCUUCUUAAGCCAAGUGCUUGGGUCUGAAGGGGCUGCAGGGCGGGCUCAAGGGCUUCAUCUGCUCCAGCAUCAGCAGCAGCUCCUCCCCCACGCUCAGGGCUUCACUCAGGGUCUGGUCCUGCUCCUCCAGACGUUCAGGCGGCAGCAAGGUGGCGACCAGUCCGUUCUUCUUCACCGCGGGAGCGUCUGUGUCUGAGUGCGUGUGUGUCAACGCUGAAGAAACGCACCCGCCAGUUGUUACACAAAGGUUGGCUGAAUGUUGGUCUGCUGUGUGACACAGCAGUGUUGUGUGUGUGUGUGUGCAAGGUGUGUGUGUGUUUGUGGAGAGGGAUGUGUGUGUCUGCGUCUGCAGUCCGGAUGUUUUCUAGUGGGUCCAGUUCAGCCUUUUCUGAACAUAUGCAUGUGUGAUUUGAGUGACAUGUGUGUGUAGUGUACAGUACAGGCCAAAGGUUUGGACCCACCUUCUGACUCAGUUGUUUUUCUUCAUUUGCACAGGAGAUAUGGAGUUAUGAAAGAGAAAAAAAGUUCUAUAACUGAAUGUGAA